AUGGGAUAUGAAUAACUUAUUAUUGAAAGAUAAUUAUAUGCUAUCUGUUGUUUAUUCUUAGCUUUAAAUACGAAAAAUGAAUAAAUUAAUUCAUUUAAGUAAUUCUAAUAUAGUGAAUAAGAUAUCAUUGAAACUUUUGAUAGAUUUUAUAAUGUUUCGUAAUUUAUUAAAUUAUAAUUAUAAAUAAAUUCAUCAGAACCUUAUAUAUAGAGACAUAGGCAUUUAAAUCUAAGAGACAUAUAAUUAAAUAUUCCAAACUCAGAAUUUAUUACAUAAUUUUGA